UUGUAUUUAAAAACAACAACAUUUAUGACAAGUGCUGUUAAAAUGAUAAAAAAAAUAUCCAUGCUUAAAGUUUCAUAUCCAUAUUUUAAUUUAAUCACCGGGAUAAAAAAAUUAAUGAAUAACAAGCUCAUACGAAUAAAGAUAAACGCUUUGUUUUUGUUUGUUUGUUUGUUUUUGGACCACAAUAGGUCGCGGUGUGAUGACGUCAUCUCUUCACCCUAAAACUGAAGCAUUAACCACAACAACUCGUGAUGUGAUUUAUUCCCCGCCCGUGAACGAAAGUGUGAACGAAAAUUAAUAGUCAUAAUCACAAAUGUAUCGCGAUUAAUAGAAUACGAAGUAGAAUUAAAACGGGAACUAAUAUCGAGAGCGAAAGAGAGAGAGAGAGAGAGAGAGAGAAAAAAGAAAUACAAUUUGGUUCUGUAGUUGCGACGGUGACGUGAGUGAUCCGUGAACGGUCCAAUCAGCUCGGCUUGCUCGUGUGUACGAGCCAAUCAGCGAGCAGAAGGCGGGACUUGUCAGAUGCAGCUAUGAGGAACAAUACGCCUGUCAAAACCAUCCCAUGUUCAUGUGAGAACACAUGAUGGAGAUCCGCCGCUGUCAGAGCUUCUGUUUUAGGCUGCGUUGAUUCAAAAGACAGCUCGUUUCUGUUCUCUGAAGAUGACGAAGGAAUUGAGGUGGACGAUGACUGAAACGAAUUCCUUCGACUCUUUUCUUGUCCACUGAACACUCCUGCGCUCCUGGGAUUCAGCGCCUAAAAAACCCCCCCAGAACACACACAUGAAACAAUGGACAAUAAACGGAGGGAGAAUACGAGAAGCGGAUACUUUGGCAAUGUCAAGAACAGGCUGGGCACCAGGCUGCCGUCGGGCUUCGCACAGCCCCCGGGCUUCGUCACGGCGCCGUGGGGCGCCUCUGUUAACGUUAACGCAAGCCGGGACGUUACGGCCACGGAGCGCCAUCACAUCCGCAACCCCAAGCUGAGACAGUAUUACCUCAAAGAGGCUGCUUUUCCAUCUGACACGUCAACGACAAAGACGCUGGAAUCAGCAGCAGAAUCAAGCAGGAGAGAUGAGCAAGCGGUUCAUCAGGAGGACACAGUGUUCAGUAUAGCCUCCCAGUUUAGUGCCAGACCAGCAGAUACCACCUCAAUCACACAGAAACACUCGUGGACGCUCGCUGACCUUUCUGAGCCCAAACUGGAUGCCGUGACCCCAACGACCCCCGUGUCCCCAUCCACUGACGCUGAAUAUGACAAACUGCUGGACGUGGAGGCGGUGCCGUUGCCUGACGGACAGCGCUGUCUAUUGGCUCUGCCGCCCGAGUUCACGCAGGGGGCGGGACCAGCGGACCUGCCGUGUCUCAAGCUAUUCUGUCGCUUCGUGACCGACCGGAAAGGCGUGGUUUCUGGCAUUCUCCUCGUAGCAGCCAAUAAGAUCUUCUUUGACCCGUAUAAGUCCCUCCCCCUGGUGCAGGAGAACGGCUGCGAAGAGUACCUCUUCUCCUGUCCGGUGGACGAUCUGUCGUCCGUCACCUUCUUCUCCGACGUCUCUCACGUUCACUUCAGCAGGUCCACACCGAGGUGGAAACGUCGUAAGAAAGCAUCAAAGGGUAAAACUUUGAAAGACCCGAUCAUCCACAUCACCGCACGUCGAUCCACGACCGCUUCGACAGCGGGAUCUGCUGCGACCCGCGACGUGCAGGUGGAAACGGCGGAGGACGAGGUCGGGGAGAGCAGGGACAUGGCCGAGGUCGAGCGACAGCUGGAGCAGCUCACGCUGGAGCUUAACACCGGGCGGCAGCUGUGUUCAGAAAGGCAGCUAUCGGGACAUAGCAGGACCAGCUCUAUGAUGUUUGUGAGGAUGCGUCAGAAGCCCCAGCUGGUGAAGAAGAAGGGUUUGGGGACGCUGGAGUUCGGAAAAGCCAAAACAGCGCCAUGCAGAGACGCCUGGUUCCUCCUGAAACAAGAGAGUUCAGACGAGCUGUACGCGUACCUGAGCCACCACCAGCCUGACCUGUGCAUCCUGGAAGGAGGAGGCGAGGAAGAGGAGGCAGGGGACGAAGACGACUUCGUGAUUCUCAGCGACGGAGAAGAGGAAGGAGAGGAAUACGUCCAAGACGGACGCGCCGGAGACGAGUGGGAGAUGGUGUGUGUAGAGGACAGCAGGGUGAAGGAGUCUCUCUCUAUAGACAAAGAGCCUGACGGACUGAGUGACAUUGUGAAGCAGAGCCUCAUAUUGAACGAACAGCACGUCCGAGAGCUGUCGAGCGAGCUUCCUCCUCGGACAGUGGGUCACUCGUGGAGAUUAACCUACAGCACGAGCAAACACGGCGCCAGUCUCAAAACACUCUACAGGAAGCUGAGCGUCUCGGACUCGCCCGUCCUCCUCCUCAUCCGAGACGACGACGAGCAGGUGUUUGGCGGUUUCCUCUCUCACCCCUUGCACCCGAGCGACACGUUUUACGGUACAGGAGAGACCUUCCUCUUCCUCCUUCACCCUCGAUUUAAGUGCUUCCGUUGGACAGGCGAAAACUCCUUCUUCAUUAAAGGUGACCUCGACUCCUUUGCCAUCGGCGGCGGAAGGGGACACUUUGGCCUGUGGCUGGACGAGUCUCUGUACGUGGGCAGGAGCAGUCCGUGUUACACCUUUAACAACUGCAGCCUGUCUGAGAAGAGCGACUUCCAGGUGCUGGAGCUCGAGGCCUGGACCUUCUGGUGAUCUCACAGUUCCGCAGAUCCGAGCUGUAAAAGGGCUGCCCGGCGGUGGAGUGAGAAUUAUUCCGAAGACUCGGAGAUCUCCGAGACGUUUAAGAUCCGCCAGGAGUCCGCGGGGCGGAAAAGCAAUAUCGGAUGAAUGUUUGUUCGUAUCGAGGACAUUACGUACGUUUCAAGUCCCUACACGGAGGACCUCGACGAAAGGACACGAUCGUCGUUAAAUCGUAACAAUUGUAACGACCGCCGUUUCUUCUUCGCCGCGUACGAUCGUACGCAACCUCGACGCCUUGUAGAAUAGAUCAGAUCGAUGGAGCUCCGUCGAUUAAAAACCACACGCUUAUCUCCGAUAUUCUCACGUCCACUCACGUCCACCGCUUUCGCAUCGUCGUCUACCCCAGCGUGAAAUAGCGUCUUAGCCGCAAAUGUUCCGUAUGUUCACGUAUCUCCGACGGAAACAAGAAGUGACGUGUCGAACCGCAUGACCGGUUUACACCCCAACAGCCAAUAGCGUUCGAGAUGAGCCUCACACACACACCCACCCACCCACCCCCACCCCCAUCCUAACCAAACCUGUCCGUAGUGUAGCGAAAAUAACCUACUAGCUAAAUAUGUAGAACAGCGAAGAGUUUCAGAUCUUCGGAAAUAUAGGACGGAACUACCGCGGAAUCACCGUGACACCGAUACAUGACCGCGUGCCGUUAACCACAACCGUGCUAGUGAGUCCCUCCAGGAUUCUGCGAUCAAGGAAACGCCGUGAAUAAUCGGAAGAUCGAGCGUUUCGAGUUGUGAUCUGGAGAAAGCGGGGCAGAAAUAUAAAUAAAUAACUCACGGACUUUCUGGACUCGCGUAGCUCGACGAUACUUUCAUCCGGUGUCUACAAAUGGAGUCGGCAGUGUAGGACAAUCCGAUCGGAGGUGUAAAGAUAUCACGAUGAACGCGAUAUCUCAGAAACGUGUAUCGUGACAUCAUCCUAUUACCAUAUUAAUAUUUUAUCGUUAUACUGCCCAGGCUGAAAACGACUCCCCGCCCCCAUCAUUGUUUUCAUAUCAGUCCGUCCAGGAUUCCGUGAGUCUUGCGAUCGCAGGAACGAACGCAAAAAUCGAGCAAAACUCCAAAAUAUUCGGCGGAGCUUGCAGGUUUUUUUUUUUUGUUUUUUUUAAUCACCGUCGGGUUUUCCGUAGAUCCGUGCGGAGACGUGCGUUCACCCGAAAGCGCCCUUCGAUUCACGCGUACGGAUAAAAAAACGUCUCGCGUACCAACAGACAUCGCUGUUAAAGACCGUGCAGAACGAUUCCGUGCGAUUUCACGGGGGGGGGGGGGACGCAAAUUUUUUUUAAAAAGCUGCAGCAAAAUCGAGCGUUUUUUUGUUGUUUUUUUUUUGCCCGCGACGAUCACAAACGAUAAAACUCCGAAAUCCUGCCCGGACCGCGUAUUCACGUUCAAAACCUCCGAAACACCAUUUUCUAUUUCACGUCAAGUCUUCGUCUCUGUUCGGACGCCUAGACGACGGGACGAGUUCCAUCGCGCUGCCUUUAAAACGAAGGCCGACUUGAAACGGACUCUAAACCGGCACCGAUGUUAACAACGAUACGUUCGAACACUGAAAAGCACUCUUAAAAUACACAAGGGGUAAAACCGCGUAGGUGCGAGCACGAGAGACGGGAAUGCGAAAACGCUUUCACCCAAAAUAAACAACGAGAAGCGUUCGAUUCUGAUUCGCGAAGGAUCGGCGGCCAUUUUGCUUCACGGUUUUCGCUCACCAGGACAGACCUGUCGAGACCCGGUCGCCGACGUCACAUUAAAACGCCUCCUCCAAGCUUUAACCUACAGGGGCUGUAAGUGUUUCCGAGCUUCAUUAGCUAGCACGUUAGCUAGCUGCGUUUAUUUAAAGGAAGUGUACGGUUUGGAAAUCUAACCUGCGUUUAAAAAGGGAAUUGUCACUAAGUACGGCACGCUCACACCUCAUCUUAUCUCAUCGCUGUAACUAUUAUAUAUUAAUAUAUAUAUAUAUAUACACAUAUAAACAAUAAAUCUUCUAAUUAAAAUCACGGUGGUGUUUUUGCCAACAUGAAGGUUCCAGACGUCGACGACAAAACAAGUAGAAAAGCUCUUGAUUUUCCCGGUACGCCAUUUUCCUGCACAACAAAUACAUCGGUACAGGGGAAGUAUUCAUAGAGCGAACAGGACGCUUCAAAUGAAACAAGUUUGCUCUUGUUUGCACUGAUGCUACGACGCUGAUGUAGCUAACAAGUAAUAAAAAAAAAAUAUCCAUCUUAGCCAAAAUGUUGGGGUUUUUUUUUUUUUUGUUGGUGUAAAUUUCCUCCUCAAACCACAUCCAGUUCUUCAGUAAAGUCGAAGAUGUGGUUUAGGACCGAGUAGGACUCCCUGUUCGCUAUAAAACCAUGAAUUAAACUCUACCGUGUAGCCGUACGGUGUAAUAUUAUGACGGCGGCCAUCUUGGACAACUGAAAUCGCUUUGUUUUUCCUUAAUCUUUUUAGUACAUUUUUUUUUUGUUUUGUAUAUAUUCCCGUCAGACUUAGAAAAAAACGUCGAAACGUUGAAUUUCUUUGUACGUUUCUCAUGUGCGAAUGUUUAUAGAUGCCAUGAAUUACCGAGUGCCUUCACGGCACAGCUGAAAACUCGCACGAGUCGAACUCGCGUAAUGAGCCCGUAGAGCUAAAGCCUGGAUUACGCGCACUCGCUUUUAGCUAGGCAUGUGCGUACACAAGAUGGCCGCCUAGCCUGGCACACCCCGUGCUAGUUUCGAGCGUCGCUUCGAGCGCGGCCUCCAAAAUGAACGUGUGCUGCGAUACCGACGUGAACAGCGGGGGGGCAGUAUAGCACCAUGUCACACUGGGUGUCUGCGAAUAACUAAACGGACUAGCGUAGCGUCUCAAAUCGAAUGUCAAACUAUUCGGUACUAAUAUUAACCGGUUUUCGUGUUUGUAUUUAUUUAUUUAUUUAUUUAAAACCCUCUCAUGUAGUCUUCAAACCUACUGAACGCUCUAUGUUGUGUAGAUCUUCUAGACGUUUGAACGGAAGGUCCGGGUUUGAACGACGACAGAAAGUCACGCGACGUUGUGUGGUCAUUAGCGGUCAGCUGCGUUAGCGAUCGUAGCUCAAGUGCAAAACUUCAGGAGCGAACGUCGGACAUCCGUUGGCCCGCGGUACUUUAACGAAAAGGUGCGAAUUUGAUUUGGAGGCAGAUUCCUACCUACUUGAAAUCGAUACGUUUAUACACUGAGAUCACGGUACGGUCACACGGUCUCAAUCCCCCGUUUACCUCCAACUGCCUCCGAUCAUCUAAAGCGGUAAAAAAAAACAACCAACAUUUAAGUAUAAUAUGAUCGUCAGAGAUUAAAUCAUAAUAUCAUGAUGACUUUUGCAGGAUGAGUAAAUUCUUUCUUUCCAAUAAUAAUAAUAAUAAUAAUAAAAAGAACAACAAUAAUAACACUGGGUUUUAUUUGUUCCAUAAAUAUAAGGAAAGCAGCGGCUUUGAACCCAAAUCUUACGGAAAUAACAAU